UCCACAUGCGGCGCGGGGGAGAGGGGCAGCAGCGAGGCGCUUUGAUAAAACCAGACUGUCGGCACCGUGCGGAGCCACAGAGAGCUGCGCCACGGCGAGACACGGCACGGCACGGCACGGCACGGCACGACACGGCACGGCGCGCGCAUCAAGGACCAGACCGGGUGAACGCAGUUCCCACCGCAGGACACUGCUGCGCACACGUUCCCCGGCAUUUCCGGAAAUUAGAGGAAUCUGCAACUCCUUCCUCCGCAAAUUGUCGUCGAAGCAGCCGGAGGGACGCGUCGCCUGGCCGCGGUCAACAGCUUGUCGAUAUCCGCCCGAGUGUGGCCGCGGCGCUCUCCUGUCCUUCUUCCUCUUCUUCUCAAAGUGUCGACGAGCUCGAGGGGGAAACCUCACGGCUGUCAUUUCAUUAUUUUCUUUUUGUCUUGGCGGGGUGGUGGUGAGGGGGGGGGCCGAAAACAAGGAGCUCGUCCGUCCGCCAUGGAGAACUCUCACACGAAGAGCGUGGAAGAAGUUUACAGUCAUUUCUGCGUCAACGAAAGCACCGGACUCGCCCUGGACGAGGUGAAGCGGCAGCGGGAGAAAUGGGGCCUAAAUGAGUUACCAGCUGAAGAAGGCAAAUCUUUAUGGGAGCUUGUCCUCGAACAGUUUGAAGACCUACUUGUUCGAAUUCUUCUGCUGGCUGCGUGUAUAUCUUUUGUCCUGGCCUGGUUUGAGGAGGGGGAAGAAACUAUCACAGCCUUUGUGGAGCCUUUUGUAAUCUUACUCAUUCUUAUAGCCAAUGCCAUCGUCGGUGUGUGGCAGGAACGCAAUGCUGAGGAUGCCAUUGAGGCACUUAAAGAGUAUGAGCCGGAGAUGGGGAAAGUGUACCGGCAGGACAGGAAAACUGUGCAGAGGAUCAAGGCCAGAGACAUUGUGCCUGGUGACGUCGUAGAGAUUGCUGUUGGAGACAAGGUACCUGCUGACAUCCGGAUCUGUUCUAUCAAAUCAACAACCUUGAGGGUUGACCAGUCCAUUCUGACUGGUGAAUCUGUCUCGGUGAUCAAACACACCGACCCUGUGCCUGACCCACGUGCUGUCAAUCAGGACAAAAAGAACAUGCUCUUCUCUGGUACGAACAUCGCAGCUGGGAAAGCAGUGGGUGUGGUCGUGGCCACCGGUGUUAACACAGAGAUCGGUAAGAUCCGUGACGAGAUGGCAGCCACCGAGCAAGAGAAGACGCCCCUGCAGCAGAAGCUGGACGAGUUUGGUCAGCAGCUAUCCAAGGUCAUCUCCCUCAUCUGCAUUGCCGUGUGGAUCAUCAAUAUCGGCCACUUCAACGACCCCGUUCACGGAGGGUCCUGGAUCCGAGGCGCGGUCUACUACUUCAAGAUUGCUGUGGCGCUGGCCGUGGCCGCCAUCCCAGAGGGUCUCCCAGCCGUCAUCACUACCUGCCUGGCCCUGGGUACUCGCCGCAUGGCCAAGAAGAACGCCAUCGUCCGUAGCCUGCCAUCUGUAGAGACCCUGGGCUGCACCUCUGUCAUUUGCUCUGACAAGACCGGAACCCUGACCACCAACCAGAUGUCUGUCUGCAGAAUGUUCAUCAUCAACAAAGCUGAAGGUGACAGCUGCUCUCUGUCAGAGUUCACCAUCACAGGUUCUACCUACGCACCUGAGGGAGAAGUGUACCAGGAUGGUAAAGCAGUGAAGUCCUCCCACUACGAUGCACUGGUUGAACUUGCCACCAUCUGUGCCCUGUGUAAUGACUCUUCCCUGGACUUCAAUGAGGUGAAGGGUGUGUAUGAGAAGGUCGGUGAGGCCACAGAGACCGCGCUGACCUGUCUGGUGGAGAAGAUGAACGUCUUCGACACUGAAGUCCACAACCUGUCCAAAAUUGACAGAGCUAACUCCUGCAACUCUGUAAUCAAGCAGCUGAUGAAGAAGGAGUUCACCCUAGAGUUCUCCAGAGACAGGAAGUCCAUGUCGGUCUACUGCACACCCAACAAAUCUCGUUCUUCCAUGGGCAAGAUGUUUGUCAAGGGGGCCCCAGAGGGAGUUAUUGAGAGAUGCACUCAUGUCAGAGUUGGAAACAGCAAAGUUCCCCUCAACAAAGGUAUCAAAGAAAAGAUCAUGUCUGUGAUCCGUGAGUACGGCACAGGUCGUGACACCCUAAGGUGCCUGGCCCUGGCCACGCGAGACAGCCCACCCAAAAUGGAGGACAUGAUUCUCACAGACGCAGCCAAAUUCUCGGAGUACGAGACCGACCUGACCUUCGUCGGCUGUGUGGGCAUGCUGGACCCUCCCAGACAGGAGGUGGCCGCCUCCAUCCAGCUGUGCCGUCAGGCUGGUAUCCGCGUCAUCAUGAUCACCGGGGACAACAAGGGCACGGCAGUGGCUAUCUGCCGCCGCAUCGGCAUCCUGAGCGAGGAGGACGACAUUGAGCGCAUGGCCUUCACUGGACGAGAGUUUGAUGAACUGUCACCCUAUGCCCAGCGGGAGGCUGUGACUCAUGCUCGCUGCUUUGCCCGUGUCGAGCCUUCCCACAAGUCCAAGAUUAUUGAGUUCCUGCAAGGAUUUGACGAGAUCACUGCAAUGACGGGUGAUGGAGUGAACGAUGCACCUGCUUUGAAGAAGGCAGAGAUCGGCAUCGCCAUGGGCUCUGGCACUGCCGUGGCCAAGUCCGCCUCUGAGAUGGUCCUCGCCGACGACAACUUCUCUUCUAUUGUGGCCGCCGUUGAAGAAGGCAGAGCCAUUUACAAUAAUAUGAAGCAGUUCAUCAGAUACCUCAUCUCCUCCAACGUGGGAGAGGUCGUUUGCAUCUUUCUGACUGCUGCACUGGGUUUCCCUGAGGCUCUGAUCCCAGUUCAGCUGCUGUGGGUCAACCUGGUGACGGACGGCCUCCCUGCCACCGCCCUCGGCUUCAACCCCCCAGAUCUGGACAUUAUGGAGAAGCCUCCCCGCAACGCAAAGGAGCCCCUCAUCUCUGGCUGGCUUUUCUUCAGAUACUUAGCUAUUGGAUGUUAUGUGGGUGCAGCCACAGUGGGAGCUGCAGCCUGGUGGUUUACACUCUCUGACGAUGGACCUCAAAUCACGCUGUACCAACUGAGCCACUUCCUCCAGUGCAGCCCGGACAACCAAGAUUUCGAUGGCCUGGACUGCCACGUGUUCGAAUCCCCCUACCCCAUGACCAUGGCCCUGUCUGUGCUCGUCACCAUUGAGAUGUGCAAUGCUCUGAACAGUCUCUCAGAGAACCAGUCCCUGCUUCGGAUGCCUCCCUGGGAGAACAUUUGGCUGCUGGGGGCCAUCUGCCUCUCCAUGUCCCUCCACUUCCUCAUCCUCUAUGUGGAGCCUCUACCUGUUAUCUUCCAGAUUACCCCUCUGGAUACGAUCCAGUGGAUGAUGGUGCUGAAGAUCUCCCUGCCAGUCAUCCUGCUGGACGAGCUGCUUAAGUUUUUUGCCAGGAACUACUUGGACUUUGGUAAACAGCUGGAGAAGCCAGCCGCCAAACGCUGCUCUCUGUCUGCAUGUACCGAGGGCAUCUCCUGGCCCUUUGUGGCCGUCUCCCUGCCUCUGGUGCUGUGGAUCUACAGCACUGACACUAAUGUGUCUGCCAUGUUGUGGCCCUGACUGACUCCAGUGCACCCCCUCCCCCGUGCACCAGUGUGAAGUGGACAUUAAUGCACACAUCUAACAUAGUUACAUUAACUCUGAACAACUUAACUCUUGCACAUGCUCUGACAGCACAGUGUGCUGUGAGAUCUUUUGUAUUUAGGACAUUUUCACCGAUACAUAUUUUUAGGUGGGGGUUUAAAUUGUUCUUUGCCUGACAUUGUGUCCAUGUUUUAUUUUAAUUUUACCAUCAUGCUUUUCCUUUCUUUUUGGUCCCCUUUUUGAACAGUAUAGAGAUGCCCGUCAUGUUGGAGCUAUGUGUUGAGCUGAACAGAGCAUUUACACUAUUUUAUAAUAUAAUUAAUAUUUUGUAAUUUUUAUGAGGGGCUGCUGGGGCAUGACUGCUGGGUGUGAAGACAAUGUAAUUGCAAGGAGCCGUAUUGUACAAUACUAAUUGUGGGGCCAAGACUUGAUAAUAUAUAUAUUUGCCCAGGCACAAAUCUCUAUAGUCAUUUUUGGGCUCCAUGUAUCUUGUUCAUUCAUUAUUUUCUGCAUUAGGCAGAGCACAGCUACCUCAAUGCUGUUGAUACAACCAUUACUACACAUCUGUCUUAACAACCACUUUAUAGAUUAUCAUUUGACCUUUUGAGGUAAUCACCAUUGUGUUUUGCAGUAGAGACGAAGCCCUGACACACAUUUUAAUGUUAAAUAUAUUUUUCUUUCUAUUUUUGCAGGGAAGAGCAGGCAAAUAUGUUACCGGUGUGAUUCAGAGCAUUUUUUAUACCACCUGUUGUUGAAUUUGUUUACUUGAAGAAAAUACAUUUGUGUUGAUUUUUCUUUUCUUUUUUUAGUUUCACUUUUUAAAAUCCUAAUUACAGUUAAAGUAAAAUAAUGUAUGUAAAAUGUGCACAUACUGUACCUGAAUAUGUUUAAACGGCACCAAGAGUCUGUUCGUCUUAUUAGCUGAGCACAACAUGGACAGAUUGACUGUAACUGAGUCUGUAUAUCUGUACAUAGCACACAAAGCAGAAUCUGUAUUUAUUUUUUGUUCCUGUUGUUGCUGUAAAAUUCUCUAUACCAUCACACCAGUAUACUCGAGUCUGGUCUCAGCCUCUCUGCAUGUGUGCUCCAAUAUAACCGGGCCUGUGAGUGCUUUGAGUUUUGUUUUCGUUAACAUUUGUUUCUUCCAAUGCCUUCCAUCCAUUUACCUGCAGAGUGAGUAUACUUUAACCUGCAUGACAACCACUAGCGUUCUCAUCUUUCUCGUAGUCGUGCACACAGCUUGGCAUUAAAGUCUGUUUCAAGUCUGCUCAUAUGAAAAUGUAAGCAGUGACACCUCCUCAUAGCACUAGCAGUUUUUAAACAGAAAACCUAAAUGGUACACAGGAGAUAAUUGUGUUUGAAUUUGUUCAGAAAUGCCUUCAUUGCCACCGAGUGCCAAGUUCACGCCGAGUAGGAAUAUGAGUCUUUAAAAUUGCACAAUGUCACUGUUGCUAGUUAUUUUUGAUUGUUUGGCAACUGACUGACAUAUAAGUUCCCCCGCACCCUUCGAGAACAUAUUAUAUUUUGUUUCUCUUUAAUAGCAUUUGUCUAUUGUCCUAAUCUGCUGCUUGCCCAUAGCAUGGCCUUCAUACGUCUGUUUGUGAAAAUAAGUAUUGAUGAUUUCAAUUUAUUUGCUGCUCAGAUGCUUUACUUUGGCCUGUGAUUCUUGUGUCCAUUGAUUUGAUUCCUUCUCUCUCGUUUUUCUUUGCAGCAAAGGCCAAGUAAGCACGCCCGCUUCUCUAAAUUCCUUCCAGAGACUUUGGUUUUGUUUUGUGUUGUGCAUGUGUGUUUUGGGCCCUCACAUCUUACAAGAGCUGCAUGUCAGUCAAGUAAUAUGAAGACGGGCCCAUUUAAGUUCAUGCAUCCUUUUAUAGAAUGGCCAUAAAUAAAUGUCUGAUGAAAACUAGCCAAACCCACCUCAUGAGUCCUUCCAUACUCCUGCAUGAAGAGCCUUAGAUUACGAUACAAUGCUCAUGCAAUAUUUUUAGACUAAAAUCUUAGUACUGUGGACAGUAACUUGUACAAGAUUCCAUGGUGCAUGUCCGCUUGACCCGCCAUCUGUUUUACCAGACUUGUGUAAUAGACAAUGUAUAGUGUUGGUAAAUAGAAUAGACAUUCGUCAGAUAGUACAAAUGUUAAAUAAGCUCAAAAACACAGUUCAUCUUUCUUAAGGUAAUACUUUCAUGGGACAUUCAAAAACCAAACAGACUAUUUUAUUUGCUUUGCACAGAGGUGCAACAUGUUUGGAACAGAUUUUUUUUGUUGUUGCCAUAUCUGGGAGGGUAGACGUGCAGCGGUGCAGAUGUUUUACUAAAAUAAUGUCAGCCAGUCUCUUGAUUGCCAUACUGCUGUACUGUAUUUUCCGAGAUGACUGUAUGAUGUAUCACAUGAACUUUGAUUUCAGGUAAAUAAAACUGUCAUUCAUUACGGUA